CCACUUUGUUGCCAGGCGGAAGCGAGGCUACUCGAGUAAAACCUCAUUAUUAAAACAACAACAUAAAUCGACACACUAAACUAUUUAAACCCAGUUUACCUUGAGCCUGGCUUUGUAGGAUGCUCUCCACUCGUUUCACCGUCAAUUCCAGCACUUCGGCGUUCUCUAUCUUGGACUGCAGCUGCGGCAGACAAACACAAAGUAUUAGCAAGCUAGCUGUUAGCACCCGUAUCGUACUCCUUUAACAAGAGGAAGACUUAUUUAUAGUAAUAAUAAUCACAAAUGUGUUGUUUCUAACUUCGGUAUUCGCCAUUAAAACCCGUAGCUCGUGUAAACUCUCGUUGAUGCGAGCUCGUCGUUUCUUCUCCACCAGAGGUUUCCUCAUCUAGAAGCACAAUUCAAUUAUUACUCGCUAUAGUACUUAACUAUUGAGAAUGAACAACACUUACUUUUCUGUUAGCUCUCCCACUGCAGUGAUCGCUUUGGUCCGUGCCGGUGGUGUGCUUGCCGGAGGGGGCCAUGCUGUGUGCAAGGAGAUCGGAGCCCCCCGAAAAAAGACGUUGGAGCUUGUCAAUGGGGACAGAUGGCCAAAGCUUCACUGGGCAGACCUGGCUUGUUAGUGGCGCUGCAGGGGGCCUGUGCUAGCGUUCGGGCGAUUUUUCCGUGUUACCCACGCAGUGCUUAUUCGUCACAGUAGACGUGCUUGUGAGGUCACAGAGACUCCGUCAGGAGAUAUAAAACCUCUUCAAUUCGCUACAUGAAGCCAGCGAGCUUCAUCUUCGAGAGGAGACAAACGCAACAAUAAAAGAGAACAAAAUGGUGAAGAUAACCUUCCAGGCAGUUUCGGCGCCGAAGGCCGACAAAGACAACGAGGAAGACCACAUCGUUAUACCUCAGGCUCACGAUCAGCAGACUCUUCCAAUCAAGGGCAAGAAGCACUUCCCAACACGACUGUGCUCUCUAAUAUGUGGCGUAGUGGUCCUCAUUGUAGGAUUGACGCUAGCCUCCAUCUAUGCCUACCGUGACUACUACUAUCCUCAGCUCGCAGCAGGAAGAGACUUCUUCCACUGCCGGGUGGUCUUCGAGGACACGGUGUACGCACCCCUCCGGGGAAGACAGGAGCUGGAGGAGAACGUGGGCAUCUACUUGGAUGAAAACUACGAGCAGAUCAGCGUUCCCGUGCCGUACUUUGGAGGCUGCGACCCGGCUGACAUCAUCCACGAUUUUGAGAGGGGUCUGACUGCUUAUUAUGACAUUGCACUGGACAGCUGCUACAUCACUGAGCUGAAUACAACCAUGGUGAUGCGUCCAAGGAACCUAUGGGAGCUGCUUGUCAAUCUCAAGGUAGGGGCGUAUCUCCCUCAUACGUACCUGGUCCGGGAGGAGAUGGUGGUGACGGGCCGGGUGAGGAACAUGAGGCAGCUGGGCCCUUACAUCCACAGGCUGUGUUACAGCAAAGACACGUACCGCCUCCGACGCCGCAGCCAGCAUCAACGCGUGGAGCGGCGUGAGACGAAGAAGUGCCAAAGCAUUCGCCACUUUGAGAAUCCUUACGUGGUGGAAACGAGGAUCUGCAACAGAUUCUAAGCAAACAGGCCAGCACGGAAGUGACUUUCCAACCAUACCUCUUGAAUACCACUUUUAACUGCACUUUACGACUUGUUGAACUUAUUUUCUUUCAUGUUCUGUUUUUAAUUUUAAUAGUCUGUAUUUUUAUGAUGUUAUAUUUUCAGAUAUUUCUGUAGCCUGUCCCGUCGUGCAGGACUUGUGAUUUUAUUUAGGAAUAUGUCAUAAAAUGGCAAACGCAUACCUCAUGUAGAUUAGACGUAAGUCAUGAAUUAUGUACAGUAUGACUUCUGAUUGUUACCAAGCAAUAUAUGAUAUAAAUACAUUUUUAAGAGUUAUUUGUUUUAUGGCAAGCAUAGUUGACUCGUGUAUAGUUUGUCUCUUUGCUAUCACACUCCUUGGAGAGAAAUGGCUUUAGACUGUAAGCAAAAGAGUUUUAGCAUCAGAGGUAACCAAAGUGUGCGCCCAGCAGUUUGAUAUGGAGAAUAUCCUAGAAUGUUUGAUAGUUAAGCUCACUCACUGUAGAUGAUAUCCAAAAUCACUUGACUUCAACACAUUGCGUUAUUAUAACAUACACUUUUUGAUUUAUGCCUAUAAUUUGUUACUGUCUUCAACAUCCCAUGCUCAUAUAUUUAUGUAUUGUAUUCUACUGUACAGUCAAUCCUUGUAAUAUUGCUGCUUUAAGAAUAAACAAUUAAACUAC